AAAAAAGGGUUCCAAAUUAUUGACACAGAAUUGGAGGAUAUCACCGAAACCUCAAACGUUGUUUUUCUCCUAGUCUUAUCCACAGAGGCAAGCAUCAUCAUCUUCUCUUGUGCACUCUCAUCCACCAAUGACGUUCACCGUAGCCAUUGGUAGUGGCUGUGGUGGUGGUGCUAGAAUCCUCUGCGGCAACACCACCGGUACUCCUUACACCCCUCUCUCUCACCUCACACUCCCUUCAUCAUCAUCCUCAACUGGAACAAGAAGAAACCUUCACUUAGUCUCGGCGAAGAAAUUCUCCUCUCGCUCUGGAAGGAACCGACGUGGCACAACCACCACCACCGAUCAGGAACUGCAACGGACGGCUGAGAUUGAAGACUCCGUUGAUGACGCCGACGACGGAUACUUCUUGCCGAAGCUUCCCGGCGAUGAAACUGACUUCUGGGAAGGGACCCAGUGGGACGCACUCGGCUUCUUCGUUCAGUAUAUGUGGGCUUUUGGUGUUGUUUUUGCGCUAGUUGCAUGUGGGAUUGCUGUGGCAACAUAUAAUGAAGGAGCAACAGAUUUUAAGGAAACUCCUGCAUACAAGGAGUCUGUGCAGUCUAGAGAAUUUUUAGAAGAACCUGAGGGAUCUGACUCAGAUGUAUUUGAGUCCAAUCCAACAGAGGUGGCUCCUAGUUUGGAGUAAUCUAUAUCCAUAGAUACUGCAAAAAUACCUUAUUUUUAGCAUAUAGAUCCAGGUGGAUGAAUUCAAACUCUGUUGCACUCAAUUUGUAAGGCAAUCCUUUUGUUUACACGUAUACCCUCUUAAGUUGUAUCAAUUCCGAGACAAACCAAGUGAAUUAGUUGCAAGCGGAAAUGUAUUGUUAUUCCUUACAAACUGUUGUCAUAUUGGUGCCUGUGUUAUAUUUCUUUAAAUCUUGAAAGUUGCAUCUGAU